CGUGCGUGGGCCACCUCAGCAGUCACUGCCUAGCGUCUAGCGGGCGAGCCAGCUAAUCCUCCACAAAUAUCAGUCACCCCCUAGCUUAAUCCUCCUCCAAUCCAACCCACGCUAGGCGGCCCAGCGCUAGCUAGCUACCAUCAUUAGCACAGCUCCUGUUCAUCGUUCUCGUUGAGCUCCCUCCACCUGCGGCCUCUUGUCCGUUUGCACGCACCUCGCCUUGCCUUCCUCCUCUGCAAUCUGCAUGGCAAGCGAUACAUGCUCUGCUUAGCUGACUGAAAUUUCACCGUUCGCAGACAUCCAAUCCAAACAACAAUAUUCUUCUUCUUCUGACAGCUCAUGGCACGCAGCAAGAGCUCAUGAUAUAUAUCAGUGCAUGCUUGGCCUUGACACUUGGUAACUGAAAGCACAGAGCAUCCAUCAGCCAUGGAGAUGGCGAACGCCGGACGGCUACAGGCGCUCAAGCAAAGAGGCUUCCGCGGCGACGAAGAAACACCAAAUGGGAAUGAGGAUCACUCAUCAUCCUAUCUGCAACACCGACACUCAAGAAGUGCUAUGAUCACGUCUGUAAAUGUUCCUGACUUGUCACCACGACUCUCCGAUCACAUACCUGCAGUCAAUCGCAGCAAGAUGAUCGACAGAAGAUAUUCACUUAACCUCCCUGAACAAUUGCCCGAGCGUCGCAUCAUCACAACUGCGGACAGAGCUGAAAGAAGUAUUUCAAAGUCUGUUGCAGAUUUGGCCUGGGAGAUAGCUGUCCUUGAGGAGCAAGUUGUUCGUAAGGAACUGCACCUGCUGUCCUUGUACAGAGCAGCAUUUGAUCAAUAUCUCGGCGUUUCUCCUCGUGCGUCCGCUCAGGUGGAGCAGGGAUCUCACCGUCAACACAGCAAAAGGACUACUGACGAAGGCACCCUUCGCCUGAGAAACAUCAAAGAGUCUGCAUCCUACAACCUGCCAACACUCUCAGAUUCUAAACGUCAUACGCAGGAGCUAUCAAGAUCGUCUUCAGGACGGUCGAGCCUUGCCAACUUCUUGAGCGCUUCAAUUGCUGAAUAUGUGCCCAAGAUCUCGUGCAAGCUUUCAGAGGACAUACUAAGGUGCAUUUCUGCUGUCUACUGCAAACUUGCAAGCAGGCCAUUACAAGAGGUGAAUUCUGAGACAGCGUCCACACCUUCUUUCUCAUCGGCAUCGAGUUCGUUUUCUCUCAAGUAUCCCGUUGAUGGUUGGAGCCCUCGAUGCUAUUACAAUGUCGAUACAACCUCAGAUACAUAUGCUUCAUCUGAUGGGAAUAAUGGGCAGUACAGUGGGAUGAUAAUUUUCCCAAAGAUACAUAUAGAUGAAGACAAAUUUGAUUAUGCCUCUAAAAUGCUGGAUACUAUCAGAUCGCUGAUAAAACGGCUGGAGAAGAUUGAUCCUACAAAGAUGGCACAUGAAGAGCAACUCUGUUUUUGGAUUAACAUACACAAUGCUUUGGUUAUGCAUGCUUUCAUGGCCUACGGAUUACAGGAAAAACGAAUGAAAAGCACUGAUUUGAUUUUGAAGGCUGCAUAUAAUGUGGGUGGACAUUCAGUAAAUUCCCAAAUUAUUCAGAACUCAAUUCUAGGAUGUCAAUCCCACCGCCCUUCACUGUGGGUUCGCACACUAUUUACGCCAAUGAAAAAAACAGGGAGCUCCGUACAUCCAUAUGCGCUUCGUUAUUCAGAGCCAAUUGCUCACUUUGCUCUUUCGACCGGAGCAUUUUCAGAUCCACCUGUAAGGCUGUACACAGCCAAGAAAUUAUACCAUCAACUGGAGCAAGCCAGAACCGAGUUCAUUCAAGCAAAUGUGAUGGUCCGGAAGCAGACCAUCUUCCUACCCAAAGUUCUCCACUUCUAUGCAAAGGAUGCUUCUCUAGAGUUGGCUGACCUAAUUGACAUAGUAUGCGAGAGCAUGCCUGAACUACAGCGAAAAGAGAUAAGACAAUAUCUUAGGAGGAGGAUUGACAAGUGCAUUGAGUGGUUGCCCUACAAAUCUUCUUUCAGAUACACUGUGCAUGGGAGUUUGGCUGAGUAGGCACUCUUUUCCUCUAUAUAUGUGCUUGUAUGUAAGUGAGGAGCCAAGAUUCUAAGAACAAUCUGUUGGUGCUUGUGUAAAACUGUAAAUAGGUAAUGUGAUAGUUCUUUCUUAGAGAGGAAAAUUAUAGCUUAUCUUAAAUCAUGUUUGUGUUUUACCACACUAUUACAAAUUUGUGGGUUUCAGUUGAGUGUACAGACAGAAAGAAACCCAGAUGCUUUGCAUUUUGCUUGCUCUGAAACAAAAUUAGAGAUUAUAUA